AUGACCAAGUUCCGGAGUCUUUGGAAGAAUGGAGAGCCAUACGUUCCCAGCAGGAUCAAGAGUACCAAGACUGCUUGCUUCCAGAUCAAGAAAAGGUACACCUCAAAAAAGUUGUUUGCGUUCUACUUUAAGGCCAUAUCUGAGAGGCAGUUGAGACUAACUGGCGUUCCAGAGCAAGCUCAUGGCAUACCACUCAGAUUUAAAUACCCUAGCGGCAUUACCAGAACAAGGCGAUUUGUCCUAACUGAAUCCAUUCAGAUAUUGUUUGACUUUGUCGGAGAAGAUGAAGAUGCCACAGAAUAUUUUCAUAUUCAAGAUGCUCUCUCAGUAACUAGACUCAACAGCAACAUGUCUGGCACCUUUCUGGAUAAUAACAUCAUAAGGUCACAAACGCUGUAUGUCCACUGGAUUCAACCUAAGUCUCCAGAGUUUGUUCCUGCACUUGAUUACAACAAUCAUGAAGUAGCUCCAAGCUUUAACAACAUGUCUUGUUCCCCAUUGAUUGAUUCUUCUCCUGCUCAUGGGCGAUCUUUCUCUCCCAAGAGGGCUGACCUUAAAACCAUUCUGAAUGGACUUCGGGCAAAAAUUGAUAACACUUCAUGCCCCACGAGUAAUCAGAUCAACAUAUGCAGAGACUACACUGGCAUUGUCCACAACAUAAUGAAAAGUACCCUGCAGUAG